AUGGAAAGUGGAGUUUUCCUGCCCAGUCUGGAUCAGUUCAUGCUGAGCCCACUUGUCACUUGGGUGAAGACAUUUGUCCCAAAUGAUGGAGGCAUGCAUUUGGACUUUUCUGAAUUGCUGGAUGGAGUCUUUUUGAAUGACAUAAUGACCCAAAUAAAUCCCUCAGCUACACCUAAGGGUGCAAACAAAGUGAGCAGGGAUCCAAGUCAGAGGAUGCAGAACCUCAACGUUCUUGUCCAGCAAAUCAAGACAUAUUAUCUGGAUAAUCUGAGACAAUUGAUCAUGAUUCCGUUGCCAAAUGUGUUGCUGCUUGGCAGGACUCCUUACUGUGAACAAAGUCUGGAAGAAAUUAAGAAGCUUUUGCUGUUACUGCUGGGAUGUGCAGUCCAGUGUGAGAAGAAAGAGGAGUACAUCGAGAGGAUCCAGACGCUUGACUUUGACACAAAAGCUGCAAUAGCUGCACAUAUUCAGGAGUUAACCCACAGUCAGGAGAAUGUGCUGGAUCUGCAGUGGUUGGAGUCCAGUGAGAUGAACCCAGAUGAGGUGGAGGCCUCAGCGAGGAACAUGGCCACACACCUCCGACACCUGUUGGACCAGAGGGACAACCAUCUGGAGACUAUAGCAGAGCUAAUGCAGGAAAAGGAGGGCGUAGUUAGCUUGCUCAAUAGCCCCUCCAGCCCACAGUCCGGAAGCUACUCUCCCAGCAUCCAGCAGCAGCAGCAGACCGGGUCCCAGCAACACCUGGCGGUGGAGUUGGCUGACUCCAAGGCCAAGAUCAGACGCCUCAGGCAAGAACUAGAGGAAAAGAGUGAGCAGAUGCUAGACUGCAGACAUGAGCUGGAGAACAUGGAGGCAGAGCUGAAGAGGAUCCAGCAAGAGAACUCCCAGCUGCUUGUGGACGCCCGCGCAGCCCGCACCUACCGAGACGAGCUGGACGCCCUGAGAGAGAGAGCCAUCAAGGCAGACAAGCUGGAGAGUGAAGUGGGACGUUACAGAGAGCAACUGCACAAGAUGGAGUUCUACAAGACCAAAGUGGAGGAGCUGAAGGAGGAUAACAGAGUGCUACAGGAGACCAAAGAGGUGUUGGAAGAUCAGUUGGAAGGCUGGAGGGCGCGCUCAGAUAAAGUCCACCAGCUGGAGAAGCACGGUCUGAUGCUGAAGGCACAGAUCCAUGACAUGGAACAGGAGCGGGAGGCUGAUCGGAGGCGUGUUGAGGAGUUGCAGGAGGAGAACCUGACGCUGUGUUUGGCUCAAAGGAGGAGCAUGGAGGAGUCUCAACUCCUGGGCUGGGAGUUAGAGCAGCUCUCCAAGACCACGGAGAACACCCAGGGUCCACAGACUCUGAGUGAGGAGGUGAGUGAGCGGACACGCAGUCGGAUGCUGAAGCUGGAGAAGGAGAACCAAAGUCUCCUGAGUACCAUAGAGGAACUCAGAGCAGUCUCUAUUAGCAACAGCACACAGCCCAAACACAGCCACCACCAUGAGCGUGAAAGUGUCUGCCAGGUGGUCAGCAGCAUCAACAACUGGACCUCAUCAACAGGCGAGCCCUCAGGGUUACAAACCUCCUGCUCAAAUACAGAAAACCACAGUAAUGCAUUCCCACUCAGUACAGUACCACAGCAGAUGCUGAAUGGAGAUUUAAACUCCCAUCGGCGACUGCACACAGAGGAGCCGAAGGGAGUCCAGAGUGAGAUCCUCCUCACAGACAAUCCAGACCUUCAUAUUCAAGAGAAAGGACAGCUAGAGGACGGAGACAAAAGCGAACAUCUCAAAGAACUAAUGUCGGAUCUGGAAGUUUUAGAAAACGCUCACAAUAGGCUCCAUUGUUUUGUUGGAUCAUGUGAUCACUCCCCUGGCUCGAACAGCAUCUUCACAGGUCUGCCAGCACGUUCCUCCUAUGCCAGCAAGCACACACAUCGGCUGGAGGCCAAGUGCAAGGCCCUGGACACGGUUAAUCAGCAUCUACAGGCUUCUCUUGACAACUCUGACCGGAAAAUUCAGCGUCUGGAGGCGGAGGUUCAGGAGCUGGAGGCAGAGAACCAGAGUCUGCAGGCCACUUUAGAGGAACUUCGGAUCGCCGCGAGACGCCUGGAGCAGCUGGAAACAGAGAAGCAGAGCCUGGAGCAAGAGACUACAGCGCUGGAGAGAGACAAGAGGCAGCUCGAGAAGGAGAAUCGACGACUCCGCCAGCAGGCUGAAAUCCAGGAUGCCAACUUAGACAGCAGUAAUGUCUGCAUGGCCGGCCUGGAGAGGGAGAUGCGUUUUCUAGUAAAGGAGGUGGAGGGGUUAAGAGAGACUGCUGAGAGAGUCAAAGGCUUGGAGAGAGACAACAGGGAACUGAGCAAGCAAGCUGCUAUCGACCAGAGGACUCUGGCCACCCUCAGAGAGGAGCUGGUGAGCGAGAAGCUGAAGAUGCAGCAGAGAGACAACGAACUGGAGAGGCUGACACAUGAGCUGGAGAUGAAGGUCCUGAGUCAGGAGAGUGCACAGCAGGCUGAACAAGAGACACCGGACGACAGCAGGUUCAAGAUGCUGGAGUCAGAGCUGGAGUCGUCUCUCAAAAAGUCUCUGCAAAUUAAAGAGGACAAGAUGGCCGCUCUGGAGGCUCGUCUACAGGAGUCCUCCACCCUGAACCAGCAGCUACGCCAGAACCUCAAGACUGUGAAGCUGAGCUACGAGGCUCUGCAGCAGAGGCAGGAGGAGGAGAGGACAGCAUCAAGCCCCACCCCUCCGACUGAGACUGGCAAAGCAAUGAGUGAAUGGCUGCGUGAAAGCCAGGAGGCCACCAAGGAACUGCUGAAGCUCAAAGACCGUCUCAUUGAAGUGGAGAGGAAUAAUGCGACACUGGAGGCAGAGCGCCAGGCUAUGCAGGCCCAGCUGAAGCAGUUAGAGAGUCAGUCUGACAGCCAGCAGGCUCAGAUCCUCGCCCUGCAAAGGCAGGCUGCCUCACUGCAGGAGAACAACACAGCCCUGCAGACACACAACGCUAACCUGCAGGUGGAGAAAUCUACGCUGAACUCGCAGAGCGCCUCGCUCAUGGCCCAGAAUGCUCAGUUGCAGCAGCAGCAGACGGGGACAGAAAGUGAGCGGGACAGCGCCUUGCGGGAACGUGAAGACCUGCGCAGUGUCCACGAGCAGCUAUUACGAGAUCACGAGCGGCUGGCAGCUCUGCAUGAGCGGCAAGCCAUGGAGUAUGAGGCCCUGAUGGGCAAACAUGGCUGUCUGAAAAACGCUCACCGCACACUGGAGCUGGAGCAUCGCACCCUGCAGGACAGAUACAAUAGCCUGCUGCAGCAGAGGGCCAAGCUAGACGACCUGGAGAAAGCCCUGAGGGAGGAGCAGAUGAGGAUGGCUCUGGAGAAAGAACAGCACAAGACAACGGCGGCUGAAUGUUGCAGGCUCCGUGAUGAGAAGGACUGGCUGAACCAGACUUACCAUCAGCUUCUUAACGACAACGAGACGCUGACAGCAGAUCACAAGCAACUCAAGAGCCAGCUGAAUGAGGCCAAGCUGGAACACACCUGGCUGGAAGCCGACUUCUCCAAACUCAAGAAGGAGUUUCAGCAGCUUGACAUCACCUCCACAAAACUCAACAACCAGUGUGAGCUGCUGAGCCAGUUGAAGGGAAACCUGGAGGAAGAGAAUCGCCACUUGCUCAGCCAGAUCGAGACCCUGAUGCUACAGAACCGAACGCUGUUGGAGCAGACUAUGGAGAGCAAGGAUCUGUUUCAUCUUGAAGAGCGGCAGUAUAUUGACAAGCUUAAUGAUUUGAGGAGGCAGAAGGAGAAGCUGGAGGAAAAGAUAAUGGACCAGUACAAGUUUUAUGAGCCCUUGCCUCUUCAUAAACGUGGAAACUGGAUAACUCUGAAACUGAAGAAGUUGAUGAAAUCCAGCAGCCGUGAGCAUGGACCGGAGCGAUCCUCCACACCCAAGCACUCAGGUGUUACUGAUCCACACCUCUCCUCUCACGACAACGGCUCCUUUCUCAGCUCAGAUGGCUCUGGAGGCUCAGCCUCCACCUCAGCAGGUGAUGCCAUCUCACCCCAGCGUAACAAUAUAACCACACUGAAAAUGUUUCCCCGUAUGAGGAACAGGCUGAAGGACAGAGACAAAGUCAAGUCCAUCUUUCGUCGAUCCAUGUACAGCACUGUAGUCUUCGGACAGAAGCUGGACACCCGGGGGACCCAAGGCAUGCUGAUAGCCGCAUCUGUUCUUACUUCUGCAGUGAUACAGAGGUGCUACAGGAGACAAAGAGGUAGUGUGGGAAGAUCAGUGGCAAAGGCUGCAGUACCCGGCGGCGGCCGAGAGGCCGACGACUCGGAAAUCGGUGCAGGUGCCAGGAGAUUCACGGCCGUGAUAAGCAUACUACUAACCACGCUGGAGUAUCCCAGCAUCUCAGGCACGACUUGUGUGCGUUCUGGAGGCGGGGUUCAGGAGCUGGAGGCAGAGAACCAGAGUCUGCAGGCCACUUUAGAGGAACUUUCGGGAUCGGCCGCGAGACGCCUGGAGCGCUGGAACAGAGAAGCACGAGCCGAACGCAAGAGGACUACCAGCGCUGGAGAGAGACAAGAGGCAGCUCACCGAGAAGGAGAAUCGACGACUCCCGCCAGCAGGCUGAAAUCCAGGAUGCCCAACUUUAGGACAGAGUUAUGUUGCAUGGCCGGCCUGGAGAGGGAGAUGCUGUUUUCUAGUUUAAAGGAGGUGGAGGGGUUAAGAGAGACUGCUGAAGAGAGUCAAAGGCUGGGAGAGCAGACAACAGAAUCGCCUCCCUCCGCGAGCAAGCAAGCUGCUAGUCCGACCAGAGAGACUCUGGCCACCCUCAGAGAGGUGGAGAAAUCUACGCUGAACUCGCCAAGGAGCGCCUCGCUCAUGGCCCAGAAUGCCUCAGUUGAGAACAGCAGGAGACGGGGACAGAGAAACGUGAGCGGACAGCCCUUGCGGGAACGUGAAGACCUGCGCCAGUGUCCACGCGAGCAGCUUUUCGAAUCACGAGCGGCUGCACUCUGCUAUGAGCGGAUACAAUCCUCCUCGCCCACGCAGAGGGCCCCCAAGCUAGCGUACGACCAUGUCUGGAACCAGACUUACCAUCAGCUUCUUAACGACAACGAGACGCUGACGGCAGAUCACAAGGUCAACUCAGAGCCAGCUGAAUUGAGGCCAGCUGGGAACCACACCUGGCUGGAAGCCGACUUCUCCAAACUUCAAGAAGGAGUUUCAGCAGCUUACAUCACCUCCACAAAACUCAACAACAUGCAGACGUGGAAACGGAUAACUCUGAAACUGAAGAAGUUGAUGAAAAUCCAGCAGCCAGUGAGCAUGGACCGGAGCGAUCCUUCCACACCAAGCACUCAGGUGUUACUGAUCCACACCUCUCCUCUCAUGACAACGGUUCCUUUCUCAGCUCAGAUGGGCUCUGGAGCUCAGCCUCCACCUCAGCAGGUGAUGCCAUCUCACCCCAGCGUAACAAUAGUGACCCUGGGCAGCUUGGCCUCUCCCUUGGCCCGGUGGGCAGACAGCUCAGAGCAGCUGGAAGGGUCAGAGGCUGAUGUGGAGGAGGACAGGAAGGACGCACUGACCUCAUCCCUCACCACCUCCAUCUUAUCCAUUCUCCACCUUCAUCAUCUCCCUACUCCACCAUCAGGCCGUCUCCACAUCGCUGCCACUGACACCACUGACACCACAGACAAUGUUCCGGAUGUUUCUGAGCUGUGGGUGACAGACAAGGAUUCAAAUGACAACACUGUGCCAUUUGGAUAUGAGGACAACAACGAGCUGCAAAAUCACGCUCUGAAUGGCAUCCAGAGUCGAGCCCACAGUGAGAGCAGCGGUGAGUUCAGCCUGAGUCUGGAGAAUGAGCCGUGGUCAAACGGCAGCAGCCCCAUCCAGCAGCCCCCAUCACGCCGUUCCUCCUCCUCCUACCAGCCACCCAGCGAUGCUUCCACCCCCCAACACAAGGUGAAAGCUUCUACCAUGCCCAAUACCAACAGGCAGAAUUCAGAUCUCCAGUCUUUACCAAAACAGAAAGAUCUAGGGCUCUCUCAGGAUUUCUGGCUCACAAGGGGGACAAAGAGCAUCCGAAGGGGGUCCCAAGGGAAAGUGGCACGUCGCUCAUCAGAUUCAGGGGGCACUGUCAAAAUAAAGCCAGGGCUCACUGGGAUGAAUUCUAAAUUGAGCUCAAGCAAAGCUGACACCACCCGAGCCUCAGCUUGUUCACCGAUUACAGUGUUGUAUGUUCAGGGGAAGUCGUCCUCGAUGUCUGGCUGCCUCAACUGCUUCUCCACCCCUCUGGGGAAAGAGGGGCGACUGAGAGAGCCUAGGUCUCCUAAUAGUCUCCCCCGUGCCAGCAGUGUCAUUUCUACAGCAGAGGGCUCAUCGCGGCGCUCCAGUGUCAACAGCGACUGCAGGGUAAAUCUCAAGACUGACUCUCUCCAAGCCCAGGCGUCAGAAGAUAGCAACAAUCAGGAGGAAACAGUGAGUAAGAAUAAACAACCAGACGCAGACACUAAAAACAGUGAGUCUGAGCCAGUUCCUCCAGUUAAACCUCCCAGAGACCCAGCAGUUGUUGUUCCUGCAGAUCGCCCCAAGUCCCUCGUGCAGGAGUCACUUUGCGGCUCCUCGUUCACUUUCAGCUCGGUCUUCUCAAACACGAUCUUCAGUGAUUCUGUGGUCACGACCAAGACAAGUCUAGAUGCACUUGACAACAACCAGAGCUUCCUCUGUCUGAAUCCAUCUCUGGUGCAAAACUGUCCAGCUGAGAGCCAGGAGUCCUCUCAUAACACAACACAGACACUGCUCAACAUGGAUAAUGAGCAGAGUCAAAAUGCAGAACAUGCAGCUGGGCUGGAAGAGAAGGACAAGCCGCUCACAAUUGCAUGA